UUUGUGUUUUCUGCGAAAGUUGAUCGUGCAAAAGCAGCAGCAGCCCAAUAAAGAGAAAUGUAUGCGCAAAAUGAUGUUAAUCGGGGAGAAUUCACGUGGAAGAUCAGCAACUUCACUCAGCUUACUGCACGGGAGCUUCUUUCUGAAGCAUUCAUAGUUUCUGGUUGUCGAUGGAGAAUUCUGGUAGAGCCCAAAGGACAAGACUCGAACCAUUUGGCGCUGUACCUCAGUGUCCAUGAUUCUGAGACGUUGCCAAAUGGGUGGACCAAGUUCAGCUUGAGUGUGAUUGAUCAAAUCAACAAUGCUCGAUCCAUUAGAAUAGAGACGCAACAUAAUUUCACUGCGAGCCAGAGUAACUGGGGUUUCUCGAGCUUCAUGCCAUUGACUUUGCUUCAUAACCCUAGUCGGGGAUACAUAGCCAAUGACACUUUGGAGAUUAAAGCCGAAGUUUGCGUCUUAACAGUUACUCCUCCGGUGAAUAUUCAGCCAGCCAGACCAACUGAUAGCUUUGACUCCUAUUUUACUGGUCUGGAGGAACUCAUCAAUGCUUCAGAGACUAAUGAUAAUAGUGUAGGAUCAAGUUCGUGCAGCCAAAAUGGUGCCUCGGGGGCUGAAACUCCUAGCUUAGAAGAAGUUGAGAAGGCUAUGCAGUCCUUGAAGGAAUGCCUUUCGCAUCUUUUUAAAUUGAAUAUGAAAGAGAGGUUAUCAGAGGCACUAUCAACUUUAAGUUCAGCCAGAACUGGAUUAACAUUGGAGCAAAAAGUAGCAAUUGAGACAUUUCGGGCCAAUUUCAAUGAUUUCACUUCCGACUUCUUAACAUUUGAGCAAGACAACGCUGAGUUUGAGCUGCAUAAACUACAAAAGGAUCAACGGCUCUCUGCUAUGAAGAAGUGCCACGAGACCUACAUCUUGUAUAAGCAGUUAAUGGAUGACCUCAUCAAGGAAGAGGAGGAAGUGAAGUCUAGGAAGGACAAGCUUCUCUCAGACUGGGAGAUUUUGCUGGUCGAGUCUGAAGAAGCGAAGUCGGGCUAUAAAGAUGAGCAGAAGAAAGUAGCAGAGGCCGAGGAAAAGAAGAGGAUAGCCGAGGAAAGAAUGUCUAGAUCCACCCCUGCUUGGUCAAAUUUGAAGGCUCAAUUCUGUUAAAACUUCAAGGAUUCAAAUAGGCUAUGAGGCAAUUGUUCUCUUAAGUAUGAAAACUGUGUUUGAGCUUUGA